GCCCGAUGCCGGCCCGGGAGCGGCCGAGCGAGGCACAUCGGCCGGAGCGGCGAGGCGAGGCGAGGCUCGAACGGAUCCGCAGCAGCCCGAGGCGCACCGGCUGGAUGAAGACUUCGGAGUCCUUCACUGAGAACAUCCAGCUACUUUGAUCCUGGACCUUUCGGCUUUCCACCAUGUUCCACUUAAUCAAGAAGGACCGAGACGGGUCCAGGAGGGAGAAGAAGAAGGAGAAGGAGAAGAAGGAACGCAUGUCGGCCGCCGAGCUGAAGAGCCUGGAGGAGAUGAGCCUGCGCCGAGGGUUCUUCAACCUCAACCGGGCUUCCAAGAAGGACUCCAAGAACCGCCUGGAGAUCUCCAACCCCAUCCCCAUCAAAGUGGCCAGCGGCUCGGACCUCCACCUCACCGACAUCGACUCAGACAGCAACCGGGGGAGCGUGAUCUUGGACUCGGGGCACCUCAGCACGGCCAGCUCCAGCGAUGACCUCAAAGUGGACGACGGCACCUUCAAAGGCUCGGUCCUCCAGCGAGCUGCCAAGUUCGGCUCGUUGGCCAAGCAGAACUCGCAGAUGAUCGUCAAGAGGUUCUCCUUCUCCCAGAAGAGCCGCGACGACAGCGCCUCGGAGACCUCCACGCCCUCCGAGCAUUCGGCAGCGCCUUCCCCUCAGGUGGAGACGCGAACCCUGGAGAUGCAGCUGUCGAAACACGGCGCUGGGACUCCUCCCGGCGCCCCAUUGGCGUCCGCCUCGCGCACCCGGCUGCCCGAAUUGGUGAGCAAGAGGUUCCCCGCGGAGCUGAAGCUCCCCGUGGUGGUCCCUCCGCAGCCCCCUGUGCCCCGGCAGCUGGAGCUGCAACGGCGCAACACGGGAGACUUCGGCUUCUCGUUGCGUCGUACCACCAUGUUGGACAAGGCGGCCGACGGGCAGGUGUAUCGGCGAGUGGUGCAUUUUGCCGAGCCGGGUGCCGGAACCAAGGAUCUGGCUUUGGGCUUGGUGCCGGGUGACCGGCUGGUAGAGAUCAAUGGGCGCAACGUGGAAAAUAUAUCCCGGGACGAGAUCGUGGAGAUGAUCCGGCAGUCGGGCGAGACGGUGCGGCUGAAGGUGCAGCCGAUUUUGGAACUGAGCGAGCUGAGCCGCUGCUGGUUGAAGAACGGCGAGAGAGCCCAAGGAGCAGCCUUUGAUGUGAGUAGCUGGCUCGCGCGGGGCAGGUUGGGGGCUGAUGGGGGUCUCCCUUGUGUCCGAGUGGUGAAUUUUGGCUGAGUCUUGGCUCCUGGGCUGCCUUGGUGGGACUUCAUAAUGCCCAUUCUCUGGCGUUGUGUGGCCAUCGCAAUCGGCCCUCUGCGCCUACGGUUGUGUUACGAGAAAUUUGCCGCACAGAACCGUUUUUUUUCUUCUUUUGCAAAUGAUGCGGGACACUUAAAAAAGUCUGGUUGUUGUCCAAAUGUUUGCAAGAAAGCUCGGGAAAAUUUAAUUCUGCAUUUCAGCGGGGUUC